AUGAGCGAAGAAUUCCAACUCUACGAUCUGCGCGUCGAGGUGGUAUGCCCGACCGGCAAACGAAUCAUGUGCGGAGCGAAGGAGGGCGACCAUUUCACGCUCGAGGGUGAAAUGAUGCAUUUGCCUGCUGGCCAGGGGAUUAGCAUCUAUAGUCUGGCUUCAGUCCUACCCUUGCUAGCAGCUAAACAACGCCUGACGCACGAGCAUGAUUGGAUGACAACGGACUCGCUGAUCGCCUGCCCCGAUCCCAAUUGCCCGUCACAGUUGAAAAUCAUUCGAACGGGCGUUCGGACGUUUAAGCAUUCCGAGACGACUGCGGUGCCAUUGACGACGGAGUCUUAA